CCCCCCACUGCUCUCCUCGACUGCUUUCUUUUCCCUCGACCUCCCGUCCCAUUCGAUCCAAAAACGCCCGUCACGCUUCCACCGUGCCCGUCGUCCUUGGGCAUAAUCCUCAGUCACCAUGUCGGGAAAGAUGACGUUGUACAAGUUGGUGGUGCUGGGAGAUGGUGGUGUCGGCAAGACAGCGCUCACCAUCCAGCUGUGCUUGAACCAUUUCGUCGAAACGUAUGAUCCGACAAUCGAAGACUCGUACCGGAAGCAGGUGGUGAUCGACCAGCAAUCGUGCAUGUUGGAAGUCCUGGAUACCGCCGGCCAGGAAGAAUACACGGCCCUGCGAGACCAGUGGAUCCGUGAUGGCGAGGGUUUCGUGCUGGUCUACAGUAUCACCUCGCGCGCCUCGUUCUCGCGGAUACAGAAGUUCUACAACCAGAUCAAGAUGGUCAAGGAAUCGGCCAAUUCCGGCUCCCCCUCCGGGGCCAGUUAUCUCGGCUCCCCCGUCCACGCCUCGUCCGGCGCUUCGCUCCCCGUUCCCGUGAUGCUGGUUGGCAACAAGAGCGACAAGGCCGUCGAGCGCGCCGUGUCGGCCCAGGAAGGACAGGCACUGGCCAAGGAUCUGGGCUGCGAAUUCGUGGAGGCCUCCGCCAAGAAUUGCAUCAACGUCGAAAAGGUGUUCUACGACGUCGUCCGAAUGCUUCGACAGCAGCGUCAACAACAGGGCGGACGAUCCCAGGAUCGGCGACCGACCGGCUUGGGCAGCAUGCGCGACCGUGAUGCCGGCCCGGAAUACCCCAAGUCUUUCCGACCAGACCGUUCACGACAUCGCGGCGGUAUCAAGUGUACCAUCCUGUGAGCGGGGCCAUUGGAACGAUCCCGUCGUGUCGGCCGGUUCGAGCGGUCGCCCAAGAUUCCCGACUGUUCUUUCCUUUCUCUCAUGUCGAUCUCGUGAUUAUUAUGGCAGUACAGAUGGCCUGUCCUCCCUCCCGUCCUGCUCCGAACGGUUUGCCUUCGACAGUUCAUCCGCGAGAGCUCAUGCGAGCCUGCUCCAUGACCAAUCCUUUCUCUUGUUUAUAUUGACUGCCACGCAAAUUUGGCCGUCCUCCGGUUUUGCACCUAGCGCCUGGCUUUAGUUUUUCAUCGGCAGACUCUUUCCUGCCGCCUCCUUUCCCCUCCUCACUUUCCUCCUUCGACUCGCUGGGAAUGCAGCGGUGGGUAAUUCCAUGUGCUUGAUGCAUUGUCCUUUUUUUUUUUUUUUUUUUUUUUUUUGUCU